AUGCAUGAGGGGUCACAGGCUGAGAUGCAGGCCGCCUCCUGGGGGCAGACCUGUGGGGCCGGGGCCAGCGAGUGCCCCAUCUUGGGAGUGUGCUGGGUGCCCAAAGCAAUAGAAGACAAAGACUUUUACCGGACAGUCCUAAGUGGAGUUAACACCUUUCAGAGUCCUUUGAAUUCCAUGGACUUGGAUUGGGUCUAUAACUGCUUAGGACUGCACCAUCAGAAGAAAGUGGCGGCUGGGCUGACUGGGAAGGAGGCCUUGAUUCCGUUCCCUCUGCUGGGGCCCGCCACGAACCCUGCCCAGGGGAGAGCUCACCUGAAGCAGUGCAGCCUGCUCCGGCUGUCCCGUAAGCAGAAGAGGCUUUGCCGGCGGGAGCCGGGCCUGGCCGAGACGCUGCAGGAUGCCGUCCACCUCGGGAUCGUCGAGUGCCAGUACCAGUUCCGCAACGAGCGCUGGAACUGCAGCCUGGAGGGGAGGACUGACCUCCUGAAGCGAGGCUUUAAGGAGGCGGCCUUCCUCUACGCGGUGUCUUCGGCAGCACUGACCCACUCCCUGGCUCGGGCCUGCAGCGCGGGGCGAAUGGAGCGCUGCACGUGUGAUGACUCUCCAGACCUGGAGAACCGCAAGGCGUGGCAGUGGGGUGUGUGUGGAGACAACCUCAAGUUCAGCAUCAGGUUCCUGAAGAACUUCCUGGGCCAAAAGAAAGUUGGGAAAGAUCUGCAGGCCAAAGUGGAUAUGCACAACACCAACAUGGGCAUCAAGGCUGUGAAAAACGGGCUGAAGACCACUUGCAAGUGCCACGGGGUUUCCGGCUCGUGCGCCGUGAGGACCUGCUGGAAGCAGCUGUCCCCUUUCCACGAGACGGGGAAGCUCCUCAAGCUGCGCUACGACCAGGCCGUCAAGGUCUUCAGCACCUCCAACGAGGCUGUAGGCCACUCGGAGCUGGCCGGCCCCCCCCCCCCCGGCCGCCUGUCCAAAGGCCCCUCGGCCCCCCGCCCCACGGACCUUGUGUACAUGGAGGACUCCCCUCCCUUCUGCUUGCCCAGCAAGUACUCGGCGGGCACCACGGGGAGGCCGUGCUCCCGCGAGGUCAACUGCGACAGCCUGUGCUGCGGCCGGGGGCACAACACCCAGACCCGCCUGGUCACCUUUGCCUGCCACUGCCAGGUGCAGUGGUGCUGUUACGUGGAAUGCCAGCAGUGCAUCCAAGAGGAGGUGGUUUACAGCUGCAAGUAG